AUGCGCUGGUCAUCGACUCUCGGCGGACUUGGUCUUCUGACCGCCGCCUCUGCCCAACUAGAUGGCCUGAAAGGGGGCUCUUCAUCCUCCGCAUUGGGGCAGAAACCGGAAAGUAGAGUGGCACGCAACGUGCUGGAAGGCAAAUCUGAAGGAUAUUGCUCUCCAUCAGGACCUAUCGAGUCCACUCACUGUCUAUACGAACAAGUAGAAUCCCUGAAUCAACGCCUCUUCCCAGCUCUGCAUGAGCUCGUGACAACACCCUUCUUCCGACAUUACAAAGUCGACUUGUAUCGCGAGUGUCCCUUUUGGUAUGAGAAUGGCUUCUGCAUGAAUAGGAACUGUGGAGUAGAGGAACUGAAUGAGAGCGAGAUACCUGAAAAGUGGCGGGCCGCUGCUUUGUCAGAAGUCCGAGUCUCGGGUAGCGAAGAUGAAGGUGUCUCGGGUUGUUAUUUCAAAGAGCAAGACUUUUGUUAUGUAGAGGACGAUGCCGAUUUCAAUGGCCAAUAUGUCGACCUGACCCUCAACCCAGAGAGGUUUACCGGAUACUCUGGUGACUCGGCACACCGUGUAUGGCGAGCAAUAUACGAGGAGAACUGUUUCGGCCUGUCUGAAGCAUCUCUCUCUGAGCUGUCCAAACCUUUUUCCGCUGCCCCUCCUGGUUUAGGCUUGGGAUCAGCCAAGAGCAAGAGCGAACUUGCGUCUGCUGUCGUGGGGGCUGGUGGGGUCAGCAAGCCGGGAGAUGGAUCUAGUGCUCCAGGUUGGGGUUUUUCAAAAUUGAGUGAGGGCUGGGGAACGGAGAUGGUCAAAGCCCCAGCUACAGGGGAAGAGAUGUGUGAAGAAAAGAGGGUGUAUUAUCGUCUCAUCUCUGGUCUCCACGCUUCCAUCUCUAUACAUAUCUGCGCAGACUAUAUGGACCAAACAACAGGUGAAUGGGCUCCCAACCUCGAUUGCUUCAUCUCCCGCCUAGCUACCCACCCCGAACGGCUAUCCAAUGUCUACUUUAACGCCGUCCUUCUACUGCGGGCAGUGGCCAGGGCGGCGCCGUACCUUGAAAAGUAUGAUAUCAGCACUGCUCAAGUGGGGGUGGUGAGGGAGGGUGAUGCGAAGGCCAAGACGUUGCUUGGCGAGGUGUUGGGUCUGGCAGGAAGCGAGGGGGUGGCCAAGGGGUUCGAUGAGGGCGACUUCUUCGCUGGACAAGAUGCUGAUAUUCUCAAAGAGCAAUUCAAGUCUCACUUCAGAAACGUGUCUCGCAUUAUGGACUGCGUUGGAUGUGACAAGUGCAGACUCUGGGGGAAAUUGCAAGUGACUGGUAUCGGAACAGCGCUCAAGAUCCUCUUCGAGCUUGACGACAAGGCUUUCGAGCAGAUCAAUCCCGAUUUGCUCCAGCGUUCCGAGGUGGUCGCACUUAUCAACACCCUGCACCGUAUUUCAGAAAGCUUGGCAUCGGUUGAGCAGUUCAGGAAGAUCUACGCGGAUACUCAGCAGCUCGAGAGUCAGAGUCAGUCCAGCAAGACCAAGACCAAGACAUUCAAGGCCAAACCGCCCAAGGCCGCCAAGUCUCCCAUUCCUUCAAGGCCGCACAUUUUAGACGACUUACUGGGCGUGCUAGGGAGUCUGAUAGAUAGUCUGAAGGACAGGUGUUGGUGGUGCUUUAAUUUCUGCUUGAAAAAGGUGGAAAGUGGGGGUGGGGGAUAUAGAGAAUUCGGUAGCUCAGUGAGACGGUGGGUAGGAGGUGUAGGACUGGGGAGGGAGCUCUAG